UCAGCGGCCUGCUCCUUCUUCUUCUUCGACGCCGAGCCGCUCGGCGAGCCCGGCAUGCCGGCGCAGGACGCGUGCGCGCUCUGCACCAAGCCGCUCGCGCGCGACAGCGACAUCUUCAUGUACAAGGGCGACACGCCCUUCUGCAGCGAGGAGUGCCGCGACGAGCAGAUGCAGCUCGACGCCAUCGCCGCCAGGCAGGCCGCCCGGAGGCAGCAGCGGUUCUCGUCGGGAACGGAGGCCCGGAGCGGGCACCAGGAGUCCAGGAAGGUGUCCGUCGCGAGCUAGCCGGCGAAGCUCGUGGCCGAUAGAGUAGAGCUCGGCUUGAAUCAACGGGAUCCCAAGAAUCACCGAUCUGGCGAGGCCAAGGAGAUUGAUCUCUCUUUCUUGUCUCGCCUGUGCCGGAGAAGCAGUGAAGGAUCUGAGAAAGUUCAUGUGCUGAGGCUCCGGCCAUCUGAGUCGCCCGCUGGACGCAUCCUUCUCCUGGCUCCUUUUUGCCUCUGUGUGCGUGUUUGUUUGAGGCUUUGAGCCGCGGUUGUGGCAACACCAUAUGUAAAUCGAAACCAUCUGGAAAUCAGUAUUUCAGCACAAAA